UUCAUCGGCUAGAAAAUUCAAAGAGCAAAAGGGGAAUAAAGGGUGGCUUGCCUGGCUUGGAUUGGAAUCUUAGCUUCCCCGACUAGCUGGAAUUCUGUUUUGAGCGGCUUUAAGCUGUCUCGGGCUACUUUCCCGUCUUGUUUGCAGUUUUCAUAACUCAAAUCGACAACCGUGCGCGCCACCCCUAACGUGCGCACUUCCCACCGCAUGAAAGCAGCGCGUUCCGCCGGAACUGCAGUCGGAGGGAAGGCACCAGAGAGAGCGCGAGUUAAAGAAGGAGGUGAGGGAAGACCAUGGGCGAUCUAUUUGCGUGGCUUAUCUCCUUCUUUCUCCUUAUUGCCUUACUCGUCAUCGUCACCUACCAGCUGAUGUGUUUGGCUGACCUCGAAUUUGACUAUAUAAAUCCUUAUGACUCCUCAUCUCGGAUAAACAGAGUUGUUGUCCCUGAGUUUAUCAUGCAAGGUGUCCUUUGCUUGUUCUACCUUGUGACAGGGCAUUGGGUUAUGUCACUUUUCUGUGCUCCGUACCUAUACUACAAUGUGAGAUCGUACAGACGAAGAGAGCAUCUUGUUGAUGUUACCGAGAUUUUCAAUUCGCUAUCUUGGGAGAAAAAGCAACGGCUUGUCAAACUAUUCUAUCUUGUUUUCAUACUUUUCCUCUCCAUAUUUUGGAUGAUCUACACGUCCCUAGACGAUGAUGAAUAAUUGAAGACAGUUGCUCAUAUUGUGGAGUGCUACUUGGAAGUACCCCCAGCCAGUGCAACAAAAUUGCCAGGCCUGUAUGGUAUAGGGCAAAUGACUAUUUCCUUAACUUUUUGAUGAAUUGCGGGGUUUUGAUUGUACUUUGUAGAAAUAAGAUCGUACCCUGUACGUUCGUAAAUGAUAGUUUCGUGCAUGCAUUGGGGUUGGACAGCUCAUGUCUCAUGGAGAGUUAGGAUAGUACCACACUUAUUUUUAUUGUAACGAAAUUCCUUUUAUAACAAAUGACCAUUCUGUGGAUUUCGUUAUUUAUUCACAUUAAUUUGAAAACUGGCUUUUGCUUUUGGUAAAGUUA